AUUGUGUCAUCUCAGACUUAAAUAUUUUGGUUCAUUUUCAAAAAAAAAUCUUAAAUAAAUUAUUCUCACGUAUUAAUCAAUUUAUCUCAACAGUGGGAUUUAAUUUAAUGAAUCCAUCGAGUUAAAGUGCUAUAAGGAAGCAUAAGUGAUGGUUAAAAACAGGCAUGAUUAAUAGAAUGGUGAAAUCAAAAAUUUGAAGUUAAAAAAGAUAUUUUGUGCAAGUGAAAAUUUUAAAUUGUGAAAUAUUAUAAAUAAGGAACUUUCUUAGCAAAAAAGGACUGAAUUUAAUGCAAAUUGGGCUGUUUUGAAUGGUUUUUUAUACGUAGAUUAGUGCAUAUUAGGUCAGACAAAAGUGGAUUAAAGUGAAAACUUCCAGCAAAAAGAUCCAGAAAAAGACAACAACAAAGGAAAAACAGCUGAUUUGCUAAAGAGAAAAAAAUUAGGUGAUUUCAUUAAAGGUUCACUUACUGAUUCGUAUGAAAUAGACAAAUCCGAAGUAAUUACCAUCAAAUAAAUUAAUUAGUAGCCCAAAGUCAUCAACUUUUGUAGAAUUUUGUUCAAAAGUAGACUGAAAAGUGAAUAGAAGUGAAUUUUUUGAAACGCAAUAAACAACAACAAGCAUACAGCACAGCACAGUAAGAAAAAAGGGAGAGUUGAAAUCGACAUAUUUUAAAGAAGAAAAGGGAAUAGCUUAAUACUGGCUACUAGAAAAGUUUAUCAAAUAUGAGUCGUAAUCAUCGUACCCGCCUAAAAGAGACACUCUUCCUCGAUGGCGAUAAGCCUUCAUUACUCGAGACAGUCUUCAAAUUUUUGGCCAACAAUCUAAGCUUGAUUAGUCAACUUAAUACAGAAACUAACACAUGGGAAUUAAAAGAUGAUGUGAUUAUACCGAAUGAAAUUUGUGAUAGAUUUAUACAAUUCUAUCAAAGUUGCUCGUUGGACAUAAAUGACAGUUUUAUUAACAUUUUCAAAGAUACAAAUAGAACGCCACUAAAGUUCGUCUCACUACGUAAUGGCUCAAUAUCGGACGAUGGAAUGCGACAUCUUUUAAAUCAUAAGUUAAUAUCAUUAUCAUUAUGGUAUUGUGAGAAAUUAACGCAUGCAACAUGGCAGCAUUUAGUUGCAAAUGGAAGUGAAUUAAAGAAUUUAGAGCUCGGAAAGUUGGUGGAUGUGCUGAAAAAUCAUGAGCCAAACGAGAAGACACCAUUAGAUUUUCAAUUAGCCCUACCAAAAUUAAAGCGUCUUGUGCUUAAUGGUGUUGCACUUCAAUCAUCUGUAUCGUUUAGUCAUUUACAUGAGUUAUCAUAUCUUGAUCUUACAGCAUGUCUCUUUGCUGACUUUUCACUUGAAAGUCUUAUUCAUCUUCCACAAUUGCAAACAUUGAUAUUAUUUAAUGUAUGGCCAUUGGAACGUGAAAUACCAACGAUAUGCAAAUUGAAUAAUCUACGAAUGUUAGAUAUUUCAUUAUCAAAGUCCAUGAUGCCUUCCUAUUCAUCGCCCAAUAAGACAUUGGAGUUUAUUGUCGAAAGUCUACCAUUAUUAGAACAUUUAGAUAUAUCUGGAACUAAUCUAGCCGGAACGGGAGUAGCACAGCAAGAAGCUACAUGUGGUGGUCACAGUUCCGAUAUUCCAGGCUUAGCAAGUCGCGUUGAACGCCCAUUAAAAUUCUUAGGUUUAUAUGAUACAACAAAUUCGGCAUGUCGUCGUCAUGACAUCCCGUCACUAACAAUUGCUGGUGAUGCGAACGAGGAUCAAAUUCUAUUAUCUGCCAUUAUGUAUCAAGAUCGUAAUGAAAUGCUCACCAAAGUGCUUAAUGACUUGUAUCAUUUGCUGAGAUUUGAGAAUUGUACGCAAAUUGAUCGAGCAUUACGGGCUGUGCUGAUUGCAAUGGAUAAGCACAUAAGCGUUAAACAUAUUCAAAUAUCGGGAAGUGCAACAUUAUUUUACAUAGUAAAAAGCAAAGAAAAAGUCAAAUUUGGAUCGAUACUAAAGAAUCAUAUAAUUCGUACUUUAUUAAAUGGAAUGUCUGCUCAUCUCUCGGACGAUACGAUGAUGAGGAAUGGAUGUUUAACAUUAUGUCAAUUCUCAAUACCAUCGGAUGUUCUAUUUGAGUAUGAACGUCUUGUGAGAAUUUUACUGCAUGGUGUUAGUGAUACAGAACAGAGCUUCGUACAGCGCAUUGCUAUUUAUUUAUUAAAUUCUCUAGCAUGUCAAGUGGAUGGAAAUCAGAAACUCUUUUUAGGCAAUCUUGGAGCAAUUUCGACAAUGCUGAAUCUUAUUAAUGAUCGCCUAAAUCGGAAGGUAUUUGAUGAUGUGAUGGAAGUCGCAUGGUCAACAAUGUGGAAUGUGACUGAUGAAACGGCUAUAAAUUGUGAGAGAUUUUUAGACGGAAAAGGCAUGGAAUAUUUCUUAGGAUGUUUGAGAUGUUUCCCUGACAAAGAUGAAUUAUUGAGAAACAUGAUGGGAUUAUUAGGAAAUGUCGCGGAAGUGAAAACAUUAAGACAUCGUCUAAUGACCUCUGAGUAUAUUGCUGUCUUUUCGGAACUGCUUUUUUCAAACAGUGAUGGAAUCGAAGUAAGUUACAAUGCUGCAGGCGUAUUGGCUCACAUUGCAUCUGACGGACCUGAUGUAUGGACUAUUCAGACACCGUCACGUGAGGACGUACUCAAUCGGAUGUAUUCUGCUAUAGAUCGAUGGAAUUUGGAGACAGAAAGAAACAUUAAUUAUAGAAGUUUUGAGCCAAUAUUGGGAUUAAUUAAAUGUUAUGAGACACCGGCUUGUCAAAUUUGGGCUGUUUGGGCUCUCGCUAAUUUAACUAAGGUUUAUCCCGAAAAAUACUGUAAAUUAGUGGAGCAAGAACACGGCGUAAAAUUGUUAAUGGAUUUAAUGGAUCACAUGGAAACAUGCGAAAAACUCAAAGAAUUAGCACAAAUAGUUCUGACUAACAUCGAUCAGAAUAAUCAGAAAUAUAUGGAAGAAUAAUAUUAGUAUGAAAUGAUGGUGGCACCUUGAUAAAAAAUAAAAUCCGAAAUAACAAGGCAGCUACCAUCAUUUAAGGUCAAAUAGAAUUAUUAAUCGUUCUAGUUAUGUUAGUCCUUUUUGUUGUUGAGAAAAUAGUGUUUAUUAUCUUUUUUUGUCUCUCAAGGAUAUUAAUUUGUUUAAUUUAUGAUUUUUUUGUGAAGAUUUCUUUGAAUUGAAAAAAAAAAUCAAAAAAAAAACAUUAAACUGAGUAAAAUGUUGAUUUAAACAUUUCAUAAUUUUUUAGAGCAUUUUAACAUGAAGAAUGUAAAUAACAAUAAAAUUUUGACAAUGCUUCAAAAUGAAAGGAUUAGAGGAGAUAGAAAAUCUAGAAAAUAAAAAAUUAAAUCUAGUUAGGAAACUCUUUUACUAUUCUACACCUUCUUCUCUCAAAAAAAAAACACAAAACACAAGAAAAAUGAAAAAAAUUGUAAGCAGCAUGAGCAGCAGUAGAUUACCAAAGCAAAGAAAUUUUUAUCUUUUUUGUCUGUUUAUUAGGAAUUUAUGAUAAUAAUAAUUGUAAAGAGUUUGUCACACCUUUGACUUUUUAAAUUGAUUAGAAUAUUGUAAAAUUGGAAGUCGAUACGAGAACAACAAAAGUUAUUGGAGUUGCUUGAAAGCUAUUUUUUCUACAUUUAAUGGAAGUUCUUGUCUUUUUUUUGGAGCAAAUGUUUUUGUAGGGCUUAGAAAUAUGUAAAUUUUUAUCUCCUAAUAAAUUUUAUCUAUUUUGUAAAUAGUACUUGAUGGAUGGACGAAUAAAAUGCUAAUUUUUGCUCAUAAAUAAGAAAUAGUAACACAGCAAAGUAAAAUUGUAUUGCAAAGUUUUGAAUAAUAGAGAGAGAAAAGUUUCAAAACCUUACAAUUGUUUUUGUGUGUUUGAAAACCUUACAAAUUCUAAUUCAAAGCCGAUAAAAUUCAUAUUGGAAAACAUUUGUGAGGUUUUCUUUGAAUUUCAAAGUAUUUGUAGGGUUUUCAAACACUCAAUAAACAUUUGAA